AAGAGGUGGGGGUGGAAAUCAGUAGUUGGAGUUGCUGAAAAACAAAAACAAUCGAUUGUUGCUUUACAGUCAAGUGAAGAAAUCCUUGAGAAAGAGAUGGAAGAUAAAUACAUAGGCUGCUGCUUUACUCUAUUUUUAGAUAUGAUGAUCUGAUAUGAGUAUGACUGAAUUGAUAAUAAUAAUCGUCCCUCCUUCACUUACACCUUUUGUUUUUGUCAACAAAUACAAAUACAAUUAGAAUUAGAAAUAGGUCGUCAACGUCAAUGGAAGUCGGAAAACUCCUCUUCUUGUUUCGUAUAGUUGCCGCCGGAAUAUGCUUCGCCACUCAUCUCCACUCCACUUACAUUCCAUAUAACACUACCUCCGCCAUAGCCCCCUCCAAAAUCAACGUCCAUUUGGUGCCUCACUCCCACGACGACGUCGGAUGGCUCAAGACCGUCGAUCAGUACUACGUCGGCGCUAACAAUUCCAUUCGCGGAGCUUGUGUCCAGAACGUAUUGGAUUCUGUAAUCUCCGCUUUGCUGGAUGACAACAAUCGCAGGUUCAUUUAUGUCGAGAUGGCAUUCUUUCAGAGAUGGUGGAGACAGCAGAGUGACACUCUCAAGGCUAAAGUCAAACACCUUGUCAACUCUGGUCAACUGGAAUUCAUAAAUGGGGGUAUGUGUAUGCAUGAUGAGGCAACCCCGCAUUACAUUGAUUUGAUUGAUCAGACAACUUUGGGACAUCGAUUUAUUCUUGAUGAAUUCGGCAAGAAACCAAGAGUUGGGUGGCAGAUUGAUCCUUUUGGACAUUCUGCAGUGCAGGCUUAUUUACUUGGCGCAGAGAAAAUAUUUAAUUCACUUUGCUACAUUAUAAUGGCGCAGCUGGGCUUUGAUUCACUCUUUUUUGCUCGAAUUGAUUAUCAAGAUAGAGCGAAGCGGAGAAGUGAUAGAACUCUUGAGGUUAUUUGGCGGGGCUCGAGGUCCCUAAGCUCAUCCUCUCAGAUCUUCACAGGGAUAUUUCCCAUUCAUUAUGAGCCUCCAGAAGGGUUUACUUUUGAAAUAAAUGACGUGUCUGCUCCCAUUCAGGACGAUGAUCUCCUCUUCGAUUAUAACGUGCAACAGCGAGUGGACAAUUUUGUGGCGGCUGCUGUGGCACAGGCAAAUCUGACCAGGACGAACCAUAUAAUGUGGACUAUGGGAACUGAUUUUCGUUAUCAAUAUGCAGUUUCAUGGUUUAGACAGAUGGACAAGUUCAUUCAUUAUGUCAAUCUGGAUGGGCGUGUAAAUGCUCUAUAUUCUACACCAUCCAUCUACACAGAUGCAAAAUAUGCAGCAAAUGAGAAAUGGCCUCUGAAAACUGGUGACUUUUUCCCGUAUGCGGAUCGGGAGAAUGCAUACUGGACUGGCUACUUUACCAGUAGGCCAGCCCUGAAAGGAUAUGUGAGAAUGCUCAGUGGUUACUACUUAGCAGCAAGGCAAUUAGAGUUCCUCAAAGGCAGGUAUGAUUCUGGACCAAGCACAGAUGCAUUAGCUGAUGCAUUGGCUAUAGCUCAACAUCAUGAUGCAGUUAGUGGGACAGAAAGGCAGCAUGUGGCUGCUGAUUAUGCACUGCGACUUUCAAUAGGUUAUAAAGAGGCUGAGGCAGUGGUUGCAUCCUCAUUGGCUGUGUUGACUGGCUCAAGAUUGAAUCCUACAUAUGCAGAUUCAGUCCCUGAUUUUCAGCAGUGUCCCCUGCUCAACAUAAGUUACUGUCCUCCAUCAGAAGCUAAUUUCAGCGACGGUAAAAGCUUGGUCAUAAUAGCAUACAAUCCUCUAGGAUGGAGAAGAGUGGAGGUCAUCCGCAUUCCGGUUUCUUCUCAAGACCUAGUGGUUCUGGAUUCUGGGGGAAGAGAGAUCGAAUCUCAGCUCCUUCCUCUUUCCAACGUCUCUUUGCGUAAUGUGAACUACCACAUCAAAGCAUAUCUAGGUAUGUCAGCCAGUAGCUCGGCGAGAUAUUGGCUGGCUUUUUCAGUAUCUGUUCCACCCCUUGGUUUCAGCACCUAUGUUGUCUCGCAUGCAAAACCGACAGAAUCCAGGUCAAUCAUCUCAACACUCUAUACCCCAGAAGGAGGUGUUGAUAAAACAUUUGAAGUUGGUCAAGGAAAUCUAAAGCUACUUUACUCGGUGAAUGAAGGAAAGCUCAAACGCUAUACAAACAGAAGAAAUUCUGUUACAGCAAUUGCCGAGCAUUCAUAUAGUUACUACACUGGUUAUAAUGGUACUGACAGAGUUUUCCAGGCAUCUGGGGCUUAUGUUUUCCGCCCAAAUGAAACAUUCCCUAUUAAACCGGAAGGCCAGGUUCCUUUGACUGUUAUGCGUGGUCCAUUACUGGACGAAGUGCACCAGCAGCUCAAUACAUGGUUAUAUCAGGUCACUAGGGUCUACAAAGGGAAGGAACACGCUGAAGUUGAGUUUACUAUUGGACCUAUACCUGUGGAUGACGGAUUUGGGAAAGAAAUAAUAACUCAAAUAACAACUGCCUUGGAUACAAAUAAGACCUUUUAUACGGACUCCAACGGGCGCGAUUUCCUUAAAAGGAUUCGAGAUUAUAGAGCUGAUUGGGACCUGGAAAUACACCAACCAAUUGCUGGCAAUUACUACCCUAUCAAUCUCGGAAUUUAUCUGGAGGAUGAAACUACCGAAGUUUCUGUGUUGGUGGAUCGUGCAGUUGGUGGGUCCAGCUUGGUGGAUGGUCAAAUAGAGCUGAUGCUUCAUAGGAGACUGCUCAAUGAUGACUCUAGAGGUGUUGGUGAAGCACUAAAUGAAGAAGUUUGUAUUCUUGACAAUUGCAAGGGUUUGACGGUUCAGGGGAAAUUUUAUCUGAGGAUUGAUCCUCGGGGAGAAGGGGCAAAGUGGCGCCGCACAUUUGGACAGGAGGUUUAUUCUCCACUUCUUCUUGCAUUUUCUCAAGAGGAGGGAAGUAAUUGGAUAAAUUCUCAUAUAACUACAUUUUCAGCUAUUGAUAAAUCGUAUAGUUUACCAGACAAUAUUGCGGUUAUCACUCUCCAGGAACUUCAAAUUGGCAAAGUUCUUCUUCGCUUGGCUCACUUAUAUGAGACUGGAGAGGAUAAAGAUUACUCAGUGGUGACUGGUGUGGAACUGAAGAAACUCUUCCCUGACAAGAAGAUAAUCAAGGUCACAGAGAUGAGUUUAUCUGCGAACCAAGAAAGGAUGGAGAUGGAGAAAAAGAGGCUAGACUGGAAGGUAGUAGGAGCUCCAGAAGAAGGCAAAGUAGUUAGAGGAGGACCUGUGGAUCCAUUGAAGCUUGUAGUUGAACUUGCACCUAUGGAGAUCCGAACGUUCAUUAUUGACUUGAGUUACCUGAAAGUUUUUGGUUCUUGAGAAACAAAAUGGUGAUGCUCAGAUAUGGGGUUGUGUGAAUCUAGUAGCUUGUUGGAUGUCCGCUGGGGGACAGCUGAAUGGUAUCGACCUCCACCUUUCAUAUGUGAGGUGCUGACUUGAGUCUUGUUGGGGUUGGGGGGGGGGUG